AUGACCAUCCGAAUCCCCAGCGGAGAAGAGGCAGAUUACACCCUCCACCUCCCUCGCAUCCUCUGCCUCCACGGCGGCGGCACCAAUGCGCGCAUCUUCCGCAUGCAGUGCCGUGUCCUUGAACGGUUCCUUCGGUCCACCUUUCGCUUCGUCUAUGCCGAGGCACCCUUUGCUGCCCAGCCCGGCUCAGACGUAACAUCCGUCUACAAGGACCAUGGCCCCUUCAAGGCCUGGCUGCGUUGCACGGCAGCAGAUCCGGACCGGUCCGCUCAGGAGGUCGUCAAGAAGAUCAACCUCUCCAUCGCCACGGCCAUGUACGACGACGAUAUGCGCGGCGCUACGGGGGAGUGGAUAGCGCUACUUGGUUUCAGUCAGGGCGCCAAAGUCGCAGCAAGCAUCUUAUACGCGCAACAGACGAUCCAGCAGCGGCUAGGUGAGAGAGCGGCGACCCGGCCGCGUUUCCGGUUCGCGGUAUUGAUGGCCGGGAGAGGGCCAUUGGUGUGGCUACUGCCAGAAACGAGUAGUGGUCCUGGUUCUAUCCCCAUGGGCCUCGUCGAUGCGGCUAGUCCGUCCAUGCUGGAUAGUGAGCCCGAGUUACCAACCGAUAGCACAGAACAUAUGCUCCGACUGCCGACAUUACAUGUCCAUGGAUUGCGGGACCCAGGGUUGAGCUUGCACCGUAGGCUACUGCGUAGCUAUUGUCAGUCAGAUUCAGUGUCAUUAGUCGAGUGGGAAGGUGAGCAUCGUGUGCCACUCAAGACCAAGGAUGUCACAGCUGUGGUGGACCAGAUCUACGCCUUGGCGCGCGACACCGGUGUCUUGGAUUCUUGGUGUUGA